GCCGCGCUCCUCUCGUGGCUGGGCAGGUCGGGACUGCUCAGCCUCCGCCGCCGCGGGCUGCCCCGGGGCUCUGCAGGCUGGGCGAGCGGCAGUUCGCGCGGAGAAGGCGCUCCCUCCAGCUUUGCUGCCCGCGCAGCGCCGCACUAGCCCCGCGCAGCCAUGAUUUCUGGACUGCGCUACCGCCUCAGCAGCCUCGUCCUCUUCUUGUGCCUGGCCUCGGGUCAGGACUUUGAGGCUUCCCAGAACUGCAUGUCAAAGCAGCAGCUCCUAGCUACCAUCCGCCAAAUGCAGCAGUUUCUCAAAGGGCAGGAAACACGGUUUGUUGAGGGACUACGCAUCAUGAAACACCGACUCACAACUCUGCACAACAUAGUGACUAAAGCCACCCCAGAUCCACAAACUGUGUUCUGUCCUACAUUAGAAGCCCCAGUGAAUGGCAAAAGAUUUGGCACCAAGAAUUUGAUGGAUCAUGAAGUCCAUUUUACCUGUGAUCCUGGAUUUCGGCUUGUUGGUUCCAGUUCUCGGGUGUGUCAGCCAAAUGGCAGCUGGACUGGAGAAUUUCCACACUGCAAAGAUAUUGGUAUGUGCGCAAAUCAUCUGUGCCAGAAUGGAGGAACGUGUGCAGAGACAGGUGACCAGUUUCAAUGCAUUUGUUCACAGGGAUGGAGCGGCCCCAACUGCCAGUAUCGAACCCAGACAGUACCCCCAGCAUGGAGCGUAACAAAUGACCCAGCUUUCAGUCGCAAGCCACGCUGUGCCCAGUUAGACCGAAUGCAACACUGCAGCUGUGAAGCAGGCUUCCAUAUGAGCGGCACUGCAGAAAACAGCAUUUGCCAGGAUGUGAACGAAUGUGAAAUUUACAAGCUGGAAGGAGCCCCUAGUCUUUGUAUGCAUGCUUGCGUCAACACUCCUGGCUCAUACCACUGCUCCUGCCCCCCCGGAUACAGGCUCUUCAGUGAUGGGAAAAGCUGUGAAGAUAUAGAUGAAUGUGCACUCUCAUUGCACAGCUGCCCUAGGGGAACAACAUGCAUUAACACAGGAGGAAGCUUUCAGUGUGUCAAGCCAGAGUGCCCCAAGACUGAUGGAAAUGUCAGCUAUGUGAAAACAUCACCAUUUCAAUGCGAACGGAACCCAUGUCCCAUGGACAGCAGAUUAUGCCAUCAAGCCCCCAAGACAAUUUCCUUCCAUUAUCUCCCUCUGCCAUCCAACCUCAUCACUCCCACUCCUCUCUUCCGCAUGGCAACUGCCUCGGCCCCUGGACGACCUGGUCCUGACAGUUUGCGGUUUGGGAUUAUAGGAGGAAACAGCCGAGGACAUUUUGUGAUGCAACGCUCAGACAGGCAGACGGGAGAACUCCUGCUGGUGCAAAGGCUACAAGGGCCUCAGACCAUAAUAGUUGAGGUUGAGAUGUCCGAGUACCUGGACCGCACCUUCCAAGCUAAGCAUGUUUCCAAAAUUACCAUCUUUGUGUCAGUUUAUGAGUUUUAAGGAAGUUGGUUCAGCAUGGGAGGAAAACAAAGUAUUUCCAGGCUUUUCAUCAGGAACCAUUUCUUUUGUUUAACCAUUGGCUCCCAUGCCACAGUCUCCAGAACCAAGAAUGACAUCAAGCAUGGCUUGGCUUUCUGGGCCCUCACCUGCAUUAAUAUCAGCCACUUCUUCUCAGCACUGCUGGCAUGUAGCCUUUCUGCUUCUAUUCUAACACAUCUUUAGAUGGCCUGAACUCCUUGGAGGAAGGGGAGAAGAGCAAUACAACUUAGUACCAAUUAUUGUUGCUUCAGCCACACUCUGUAGCCCAUCUUGCUUCGACCCGCCCUUUGUCAGCCAACACAGCAUGUUGCACAUGUAGACAGCCUGUCCUUAAUAAGGCUACCUGCAUCCCAGGAGACUUCAAUAAAGGGGAAUACAUGAUCCCUCCCCAGACAAUGUGCAUAUUAUUACUGUAAGAGAUGUCAUUCUUAUUUUGUAACAUUGCUGUAUAGUGUUAAGUGUGGACUGGCCUCAGAAAACAGAUGCCUAUCAAUGGAAUGAGUAUUGACUUGGAGGUAAAGCUGAAUUUUAUCAGACUUCUUUCCUAAUAAAUGCAUGUUGGACUAUACCAGUAUUUCUCAACCUUGGCAACUUUAAGAUGUCUGGACUUCAACUCCCAGAAUUCCGCAGCCAGCAUGUUGCCAAGAAAACUGCAGGGAUGGGCCAGUUGAAGUCGAAGUCCGGACAUCUUAAAGUUGCAAAGAUUGAGAAAUACUGGACUAGACUCCACAUUUCUCUAACAGAAGUAUUGUACUUCAGGCCCAUAAAGCUUCAAAGAAGCAAACACUUGCCGCAAAUUCAGUACUUCAGAACUCAAAUUGAAUGUUUCCUUUUCUGUCUCUGAAGUACAACUUUCAGCAAGGCUGUGAAGAAACCAGUUUUUCAGCCUGCAUGAUAUAUACUUCAUUUAAUACCAUAUAAUACUAUAGCAUCACCAAAAUUAGUAUUUUUUUCACAGUACUCUUUUGUAAUCUAGAAACAUGAAUUUAGCAUGAGUUUGGAAAAUACUUUUACUUUUGUUUGUUAGCCAAAAAAAUUAGCAGUAUAAGAAUGUGUGUGUGACUCCCCCAGUAAUUUGUUUCUGCGCCAUUAUAAUGAAAAUAUUAUUUUCAAAUAUUUUAUUUGGGCAAAGAAAUGUAGGGGAAAACGCACUUAUUUAACACAUCUUUAUAUUUUUCAAUGAAUUUUAGAUGUUCUUUUUUUAUCUUUAGAUAUACCUCUUGGAACUUGAUCAUAGAAAUGGAGAUUUAAUAAACAAAUCUGUCUAUUCGCUCAAAUUUGUGUUGUUUAUUUAGUCUCCAGGCUGGCUUUUCUCUUGCAUAAAUAAAUAAAAAAGACUCUCCAUAACUACCAAAA